GGCGUUCGGAGAAACACGACCCAACGGUCACGAAGUUGCGGAAUAUUGACAAUGGUUUGCUUAUGGCGCAAAGGUGAAAUAAGAGAUGUUGUAGUGUAUUGCUUGAGUCAUAACAUCAUCCCGUGCAGAGUAUAUCGUUCUCAGAAAAUAGGUAGAAGUAUUUGUAAUCAUUCUGACCACUAAGAUGAAUGCAAUUAUCUUUCGGCUAAAGAAUGGUGAUACGAACACUGUUGGGGCUGUUUCAUCUACUAAAGAUGCCAACAUGUUGAUGAGGAUUCUGUCUCGGCUGCUGUAUCUUCUUUUUUCUAGUAGGGCAUGACCAAGAAACCUAGGCUCUCCUACUCAGUGCUAUAGAAUAGAUCUUGUCAUUGUUCGCUUUUACUUCUUGGCGAGAAUAGAUGAAAGUAAUCGUUAACAAAAAGACUUUCGCUAAUCAGACCAGAACCAUCAAGAGAAGCCCGCUGUGACUUCCGAUAGCUUUCGAGGUUGGUUGGGUGCCUAUUACCAUCUCUCGAAGGUGAUCAGCAGCUCUAUUCCCGACCAACAACAAACCGGAAAGCGAUCCUUUCCCUCCGCCGCACAGCAGGUGGCAAGCUUAAGGCUUCAGCUAUAGUUAAAUCCAUCUGUCAUCGGAUAGACUUUUGGUGGUAGCAGGAAACAAUGAUGAUUUAGAUUUUUCAACUUUCAACAUCAAUCAAUUCCGGAAAAGUCUAACAAGCAGUAUUCUUGAUAGCGUUUCGUCGGAGGCGUUUUUGGACCACUGCCGAGAAGAUAAACACUUCGCACAAGUCAUAAACUUGAUGGACGCAUGUUUGAGAGUGCUUGGCCCUUCGGCUUCCGCUCGGGUGCAUUCGCUGACUUACGGCUUGCCUCCACCCUCGUGUCCCAUUUUUUUUCUGUGGAAAGUAUGUUCUUUUGUCCAAUCUUUUUUCUGUGGAAAGUAUGUUCUUUUGUCCAAUCUUUUUUCCGUGGAAAGUAGAAGUACAUGUUUGUAUCUUCAAGGUUUUAGAUAGUGUAUCUUCAACAUCUUGAUAGCAUUUGUACAUAUUGAACUAUCUGCUGAAGUAGAUAGCAUUCGGAUGUGGUUGUAGAUUACACUUCCGGUCAAAGAUGUAGUACUGGAGGAGAUUUAUUACGUAGGAAUUUCUAAUAGACAGAAACUUUACUGAAACUUGCAAAACCAGUGCUUCCAGACUUUCAAGUGCAGAAUCUGACCUUCUUCCUUCACGGCUUGGCGCAGAUAGUUGAGUUACUACCGACGAAGGGAGAACAGUUAUGA